AUGAAGGGCCUCAUCUUCAUUGGCGCUAUGGCCAUUGGCCUGGCAUCUGGCCAUGAAUAUCCGGACUGUGAGCACGACAACUGCUACAGGAAUCUCAUUGACACACGUUUCAAUGGUGAAAAGUUCUGCUUCGAGUUUCUUUCGGGCACUACUACUGCCCCUUCUGCUAUCCCCACGGAUUUCAAUAAUUGCCAGGGCGAUGUGACCAGGGUUUCCUCUGCUUGUUCUUGCAUCACUUACACGGCCACACACACAAGCGAGCCUCCCACAUCUACCCCUUCUACUGAGACCGUCCCAAGCACUGAAUCAACUACUCCAACAUAUACCAAACCAACUCACACCAAACCUACACACACCAAACCAACUCACACUAAGCCUACGGAGACUGAGACUUCAUGUACGGAGACGGAGACCACUCCCACCUACACCAAACCAACCCAUACAAAGCCAACCCACACCAAACCCACUGAGACUGAAACUACUCCCACCUACACCAAGCCGACACACACUAAACCAACUCACACCAAGCCAACGGAGACUUCGACUACAUGCACAGAGACUGAGACUACUCCCACCUAUACAAAGCCAACUCACACUAAGCCAACACAUACCAAGCCUACACACACCAAGCCAACGGAGACUUCGACCACAUGUACAGAGACUGAAACCACUCCUUCUCACACUCACACCAAGCCAACCCAUACCAAGCCUACACAUACCAAGCCUACAGAGACUACUACUCCCUCACCCACCAAACCCACACACACUAAGCCAACCCACACAAAGCCUACACACACCAAGCCAACGGAGACUUCGACUACGUGUACAGAGACUGAAACCACUCCUUCUCAUUCUCACACCAAACCAACUCAUACCAAGCCUACACAUACCAAGCCUACACACACCAAGCCAACGGAGACUGAGACUACAUGUACGGAGACUCAACCAACGGAGACUACUACUCCCUCUCACACCAAACCCACCCACACCAAACCUACUCACACCAAACCAACGGAGACCAAGCCUACGGAGACCCAACCCACAGAGACCAAGCCUACAGAGACUCAACCCACAGAGACCAAGCCCUCGCACACCAAGCCCACACAUACCAAGCCAUCUCACCCACCUCCUCCUCCUACUACCACAGAGUGGACAACCUCAACUAUCUAUACAACGACUUGUAUCACCGUCACCACCUGCCCUCCAGAGGUACCAAACUGCCCUGGCACCACCACUACCAUCACUACCACAAUUCCUGUAACCACGACAGUGUGCCCUGUCACUAGCCAGCCUGCGACCACCGUUGUGGAGAGCUCCCACAAGCCUCCUGUUCCAUCCUCUGCCCCGCCUGUUAUCGGGAGCUCAACCUUUGUGACGAUUCCAGUCACCAAGUCAGAGAAGCACGAGGCACCAGCUCCUUCAAGCUCGGCACAGCCAACACAGCCCUCGCAGCCGGCCCAGACAACGCAGCCGCCGGCUCACACAACACAGCCUGCACCCGUACCGGCUGGGGCUGGUCAAGUUAGCGCCGCGGUCCAGAUUGCCUUCAUUGCUGCUGGUCUGGUGGCUCUCAUGUAA